AUGACUUCCAACGUGGUUAGAAGGAAACUUGUGAUCAUAGGUGAUGGUGCAUGUGGUAAGACAUCUCUUCUGCAUGUAUUCACUCUUGGGAAAUUUCCUGAAGAGUAUCAGCCCACGAUAUUUGAGAAUUAUGUGACAGAUUGUCGGGUUGAUGGUAUACGGGUUCAAUUAGCUCUAUGGGAUACUGCAGGUCAGGAAGAAUACGAAAGGCUAAGGCCUAUGUCAUAUUCCAAGGCAGACAUAAUACUCAUUGGCUUCGCUAUCGAUGACGCCGAAUCUUUACUAAAUGCAAGAGAAAAAUGGACUGUCGAGGCAUUGCGAUAUUGUCCAAGUGCACCUAUCAUCCUCGUUGGUCUUAAGAAAGACUUGCGAAAGUCUAACAGCAUCGACCGAGCUGAAAUGGUCAACUUAUCGCAGGCGCAAGAGGUAGCUAAAGCAAUCGGUGCUAAAAAAUACAUGGAGUGUAGCGCACUUACUGGUGAGGGAGUUGAUGAUGUGUUUGAAUUGGCUACUCGAACAAGUCUGCUGGUGAAUAGAGAUCCUGGGAACUUUUGUUGCGCCAUUUUUUAA